AUGAUUAAGUUAAAAGUGAAUGAGCUAUCUUUCAGGAUGAGCUAAAUGGACUGUUGCUUCAAUAAAAAUAAAAUCUUUCAUAUUUAUAAACUCUCUUAUUGUAAUAAGGAUCCAUUACUUGCUUUAUUAAAUUUUCGGGGAAAGAAUUUAUUAUAAUCAAUGAUAUACCGUAAAGAUGAUUUUUAGAUAUAUUCUUGGAAGAUAUGGUUUUUUUCUAUUAAUUAAGGGAUAAGUAAGAGAUUCAUGAUUUUUAGAUAAUUCUCAGAUUCAGAUAACCACUAAUACUGAAAUAAUUUUACAUUUUUCUUAACUAUCUUUUUAAUAAAGAUUAUCAUCACUUAUAGGAUUCAAUGGAUACUAUAGGAUCUUAUAGAAACAAUGGAAUGAUGACGAAUCUGAAUUUGGAGGAAGAGAUUUUCCUGAAUUGAAACCAUGGAAAGUUAAUGACAUCUUUAAUUUUUCUUGGAAAAUAGAAUAGAAUAGAAGGUUGAAAUGA